AAUUUUUCGUUACCGAUUUUUACAAAAAAUCUGAAAUAUACUUUACUGUGGUAAAUGUCGAGCGUAAAUGACUCACUGGGGUGUACGAUACCCCAAACGAUUUUCUUUUUCGGUCAUAGCUGCUGCACGGAUCUAACGCACUCGUUGAAUCACAGAGGUCGAUUGCCGGAUGACUAAACUGAAUUAUGGUUAGGGUCUCGGUAUGAAAACUAACCUUUCUAAGACAGGGGCUCAAUUUGAAUUUCGCGUGGGGUCCCGUACACCCCAGUGAGUCUGUCUAGGGUUAAAUGAGGGAAAAACCAAAAUAACAUUUGUUUCAAUAAUAUCUUCUAAUCUAUUUUGUUGUCAUGUUAUUUCAUCAAUUUCACAAUCAUGUAACAAAAAAAGUCAUAAAGUAUAUCAAGGGCGUCCACAGAAUUUUUUCCAGGGGCCGACCAGGGGUUUAAAACUUAUACACCAUUUAGCAGUAAUAACUUUUUUUAUUAGCUAGAUUUAUUGCAAUAUCUCAUUUGUCAGAAAGCAAAGGUAGGCGUUGAUUAAGGAUCCUGAGCUCUUUCCAACAUCUUAUGAGAUUGUGACAUCAGAGAAAUAGCACGCUGAAAUUCGUGCGUGCCAUUUCCAAAUAAAAAGUUAUUUGCAUAAAAUAACAUUUUAGAUCACUUUAGCACACUUCAAAAAUAGUCCAAAGUCUAUCCCUUUCCUUUAACAGUUAAUAAACAGCCAUAAAACGAAUGUAAUACAAUGCAGGAUUUUAUGCGCAGGCGCAUGACUAGCUUCGUAUUACAUUUAUUUUAUGGCGGUUUAUUAACUGUCAAGGGAAUAAACCUAACCUAACCUUGUAUUAUUUUUGAAGUGGAGAGUUCCGUUUGAGCGGCCUAACGAGACGGACGUGUUAGCGCGAAUCGGCACUUAACCUAGUUUGGAAUAUACUUAGUUGCGUAGAGGGAUAUAAUCGGUCGAUGCAAUCUUGAGGUCAUAUUUUCGGUGUUCUUUGGGCUGGAAUUUUUGGGAGGGAAUAAAGAAUUUUUGUGGGCUCCCCCCUCGGAGGGGGAGCGGUAUACCUUUUUUUUUCUUUCUUCCCGCUGUUUAAGAGACGAUUGGAGAUGGAGGUCUCGGAUGAAGUGAGAGAGGAUAUUGGGUAUCAGGCCACAGAUUCAGAUCAAUUGAUCAAUAAUCGCGUCAAGACUGGCUUGUCGGAGAAGGACUUUGACAAAAUCAUCGAGGAAAUUAAUACCGAGAGACCGAAAGAGAAAGAAGCAUGGACUGUAGUGCGGCAUGGGGACCGUAGUGGUGCGAAGAGGCGAAAAACGGGAGAUGCAAAUAAUCCGGAAGACGUAAAGAAAAAUAAAAAGGAAAUGUGCAAUAGCAAUGUGCAAUGUGCAUAGCGAUCUUUUAGUUAAUCAAGCUUCCGCGAAUUCAGAUGCGUUUACAGGUGCCCACGCAGUACCGGCUGAUGACGCACGUGAUCCAGGCAUGCUCAACUCACAGGUGCCGCCUGUUAUUACACGUGAUAUGGAGAUGCGCAACACGCAGGCUACGGUGGAAAGAGAGAUAUACAGGGUAUGCGGAUCGAAAUUGAUUGAGAGCACAGCACCCAUGGGCGAAGUAGAGAGCAAUCUAAAUAGAUUCCCCGACGAUCAGGAGGGUAAGGUAUCAUUGUCCCUCCGGCUCCCCCCAGAGCAAACAUUAACGAGAAAAAGUAGGAAUCAUAUUAAAAUAUGGAUGAUCCUAUCUGAAUUAAAGAUCCGUCCAAUCAAUGUCGUUAUGUUAAAUCACUUUGCGGCUGAAGCAGAAUUUGAAAAGGGAUCAUCGGCUAAUUUUGCGCUAGAACAAAUAGAGAGACUUAAGACUAAAAAGUUAACUGCUAAUAUAGAAAAACACCAAUUUUUUUGUAAAGGUGUUAUAAUGGAUUGGCCUUCUGCGAUCCCUGAUCUGUGGGCAGCUAUUAGCGAUAAGACAAAUAUAGUUAGUUUGGAACGUAUGUAUAGACGUAAGUGGGACGCUACAAAUAGGACUGCCUCUCUUGUAGAAACAGAUAACAUUAUUAUUACUUUUAGAGAUAACAAAUUGAGAGACCUUAAAAUAUUUAAUAAUAUGGUUGACUUGAGAGUACGACCUUAUAUCACGCAGGUUAGACAGUGUUAUAACUGUUUUAGAUACGGACACACAAAGAACGCAUGUAAGAGCGAGACGAAAUGUAUUAUAUGUGGUGACAAGGCCCACGGUCAAUGCUCUAAAUCGAGCACGAAAAAUUGUUGAAGGCGGUGACGCUUCAGUGUUGUCCAGCCAAGAUAGAUACGUGAAUCCGGGGGCGUGGCCCACUCUACCGGAGCCCAGAGGGAUAAACAUCCCCGUGAUGAGACUCAGAAGGACAAUAGGAGGAUAGCUCCCUCCCGCUCUUUUUAUAAACAAUUUAACCUUCGAGAAGAGGAAAUUAACCAGAACAGGAGAGGCUUGGCGCUGGGGGCUUGUCGCAGCGGUGCAACUGUGGAAAGUGAUAGCAAGGAUGCUUCCUCCUACGAGGGGAGGAAAGGCAUGAUGUUUUCUGCGGGGAUUUCGAAUGCCAGAGAUAUUGUCGAGAGAAUCCUUUUAUUGUUACAAAGUUGUCCACAGGUGAAAAGCCUUUUGAUUGAGGCACUCAAGCGAAUGGAUGUACGUGGACUAUUAGAAGGGAGUUCUCAGCGACUCAGAGAGACUGUCGAGAUGGAAUAUGAAACUCAGUUGAACAACGAGGGGGAAACUUCGUUUUCCCAUUUGACGGAAUAAUUCAGUUUAUUGUUAUGGAAUUGCCAGGGUUUCAGAGGCCGUAAGCAGGAGUUAUCUAAGAGAGUCAUGGACUACGAUAUAGUGGUCCUUACGGAAACAAAAUGUUCGGAACGCAGUCAGGUCUAUUUCCCUGGAUUCAGAACUCUGAAUAGUGAUAACCUCUUGGGUAGCGGUGGAGUCUCAAUCUCAAUUCGUUCACAUAUGGAUUUUGAUGUUGUCCCCAUCGUGGCUCCUCCGAUUGGGUAUGAUAUAGUCUAUAUUAAAACAAAGAAUUUGAAUCAUAACUUUAAUUUGGUAGCUGUUUACAGACACCCGAGAAAGGCUAUUGCUAGACAGGAUUUUCGGGCAGUGUUCAACUCUUUGCGGGGUAUUGGAGAGGAUGUUAUUAUUCUUGGAGAUUUCAACGCGCAUAAUACUCUCUGGAAUUGUGAUUCAACCAAUGAGAGUGGGGACACUCUGUUGGAUAUUAUGAACGAAAAUGAUUUACUGUGUAUGAACGUGGACACGAAAUCACGACUAGGCUACAGUGGUCAGCGUGACUCCAACCUGGAUCUCUUGUUUGGCUCUGUGAGCUUGAUUGAUGUGAUGGAGUGCAGUCAGGAGGAUGAUAAUUGGGGAAGCGAUCAUUUUCCAUUGAUUUUUCGAAUUGAUCGACAGACACAAAUUUAUAGAAAACUAACUAAUCGGCUUUCCACCAAAAGAACGGACUGGGAGCGAUAUCGUGAAUUAAUCUCUAAGGACUUUGAAACAUUUUUGGUAACGAAUGCGGUUAUUCUUGAUUCUAAUAUUGAUUUUUACUAUAAGGCAUUUAUAGAAAUUCUCAAGAAUGGUAUUGCCAGAGCUUCAGGAAGAAAAACAAUAACCAUGGAAAAUAAGGAGCCAAAUAAAAACAAGAGAUCCCAUAGAUGGUGGGAUGCGAAAUGCGAUGAGGUGAUCGGGAAUAAGAAAUCUGCUCUUUCUGCUUUUAGGAAACAUAAAUCCGUUCACUCCUGGGUUGAAUACAAAAGGUGCCGUGCGUUGGCUAAAAAGACUCUCAACGAGAAGAAGAAAGAAAAUUUCAAGGAAUUUUGCCAGGGAAUAAACAGAUUUACGGACCCUGGAUAUGUCUGGAGGACUAUCCGUAUAUUUAAGAAGGCCAGGAAUAACGUUACUUGGAAUAAAUGGCAGUCCACUGACAGAAAAUCGGAAAUCCUUUAUCUUUACUCUCCUUUUCAAAGUCAUACUCCUCCUCCCUACAACCUCCUAAGUUUCCUAUUCUAAUAUUAAAAUCACCUCCUAUAAUAAUAUCUUCUCCUUCGCAUCCUUCGCAUUGCUCUGUUAUUUUUGCCAUUAUCUCUUCAACAU